CAAUUGUUUCUUCAAACCCUAACGUCCACUCUCCCGCCCUGGCCCCUCCCUCUUUUCGGUUAAUAUAUAAUCUGCAAUUUAAAUUCAGAAACUUCUUUCAUUUCUUUUCUUUUUCUUUUUGGCAGGGUUUAUUUGGUUAUUUAUUUUUUUUACUUGUGGGGUAGUUAUGGCCGUUGAUUCUGGAAUCUGAGAGCUCCGAAAUGGCCAAACUGUUUGGUUCGGGUGUAAAACCAACCAGUUUCGAGGGUGGAAUCGAUGAGCUUGAGCGUCUUCCUUUGACGCUACGGCGGAAAUUGUUACGGGCGGAUAAACGGAGUUCGGGUUCGGGUGAUCCUAAACCCGGCGUUGUUGAGAAUGGAAGUGAAAGAAAGUCUAUAUCACAUAUUGAUGUGGUAGUAAAAGAAGAAGAUGGACACUGUUUUUCAUCGCAGGGUGUUCUCUCUUUCCUUUCUACUUGCUCUGCUAGACAAGGAGAUCAACCAUCGUCGAAGGGACAAAAUGAUGAUUGUAAAGAUCCCAAGGCAGUUACUUCUGUAGAUCCAUGCUGUAGGAUUUCAGUAGGCUCUCCAAUUGAUCAGUGUUUUCAAAGUGCCACUUGCCAAAAAUGUAAGGAUAUGCCUGGAGAUUGCAACUGCCAAGGCACUCAAGUAAAAGGACAUGCUUGUUCUGAGCAGAUAAUAUGUAGUGGAGUUAACACUGAUGUUGCUGGACAAGAGAAACUCAAUGUGAAUGUUUGCACUUUGCACGAAGGUCAGACACUGCCUGUGGUUCCUGCCAAAGUUAAGGUUGAGUAUUUUGACAACUUGAUGAAUUCAUCAAGUAAUGGUAUAAAUGGCUUUGCUGGUGCUGGUGUGUCAGCAGUUACAGUGAAAAAUGAGAUCCCCAGUGACUUUGCUGAUGAUGAUCUUGAUCACAUUGUACUGAAACAGCGGCGAAAGAUGCUGCUAUCAAGGAAACUGUUGGAGUUGGCAAAACCAGUUGAAAAGGGUAGUUCUGGAGGGUUGUCAGAAAUUCUUAUGCAACAGUGUGCUGAGAAAGGAAAUGACGCAGCUUUUCUUGUUGAUGGAGACUUGGUGUCUGGAAAUCAGCUUUGUGAUAAUCCUCAAAGAAAUGCUUCUGUUUUCUGCAGAACUCCAGUACCUGCUUCAUCAGAAGAUAUUAUUGCAGAAUCUUCUGUAACUAAUCAAUGUUCACAUGAAUUAACUCAAUCACGUGAUGGUAUCAAAAUUCAUGCAAGCAACAAAAACCGUGUAUCUGAGAGAAUGGAUGUGGAGCCAAAAUCAUGCGAGGGACAAGAUUAUGUUCCCGCAAACACAAGUAGUGCGCAUACCUCAACUUUAUCAACAUUUUUCAAGGUCAAGGUUGAACCUAAGGAUGACAAUAAUUUCCACAACCUUGACAGGAAUGCUAUCCGUAGCUUUUCCUUUAGCAAACUGCGAUUGAAGAGUGAAUUGGAAGUCUCCGAUCCACCAGAUGGAGAUGAGUUAGACCAUAUACGACUGCGAGAUCGGAUGAAGAUGCCUACAAUGUUAGAGGAUUCUGAACUAAAGAUAGCUAGGAACAUUGGAUGCUUGAAGAAAAGUGUUCCAUCUGAAAUUCGAUGCAGCCUUAUUGCUUCGGAGUCUGCUGAAACAAUACGUGUCAACCGUCCACGGAAGAGGAGAAAGACAGCCACAGAUUCAGUUGAAACAGCCCUGGAGGAAGAUGCUCCUGGACUCCUGAAGGUAUUGAUUGACAAAGGGGUGUCAGUUGAUGAAAUUAAGCUCUAUGGGGAGAUGGAGUGUGAUGAAGCUCUUGAUGAGUCUUUUAGUGAAGAAAGCUUUGAAGAGCUUGAAGAUUUGAUAUCAAAGCUUUUCUCUCAGCGUGAAUCCUUUCUAAAGUUUCCUUCUGCACGAUGCACAAAGGGUGCAAGAGCUAAUUAUUGCUUGGCCUGUCUAUUUUCACUUGUGGAACAGACGCGGUAUCUACAAUUUCGAAAAUGGCCUGCUGAAUGGGGAUGGUGCCGGGACCUCCAGUCAUUUAUAUUUGUGUUCAAGAGACAUAACAGGAUAGUGUUGGAACGUCCUGAAUAUGGCUAUGCAACAUACUUUUUUGAGAUAAUGGAUUCCAUGCCAAUUGAUUGGCAAAUCAAGCGUUUGGUGACUGUAAUGAAGCUUAAUAGCUGUGGCAGGGUUUUGCUAAUUGAGGACAAAGCAUUAGUGGUGGGAGAAGACUUGAGUAAAGGAGAGGCUCAGGUGUUAAUGGAAUAUGGUUGGGUACCAAAUAGCGGCCUGGGAACAAUGCUUCAUUAUUGUGACAGGGUUGUGCAUGAUAGGAAGAAUGAGAAGGACAGCUCAGAGUGGAGAUCAAAGAUAGCAAAGUUGCUGAUGGAUGGUUACAACCGUGGGAUUGUUGUUGCAACCAACGUAAUGAAGGUUGAAGAAUGCAUGGGUUCUCAAAACCCAGAAGUAAAGUUGGAGUUUUAACCAGACAGAUUAUAUCUUGUUUUGAAACGUGUAAAUGCUUAAAUAGAGGAUACAAUUAUUGUGUUUGUUGGACAAUAGAUGACAGUUAGAAACUGAUACAAAGGAUAUCACUAUUUACUAAUUUAAAGUUGUUUUUGUUUUA